CCUUACUCCUCACUUGGUUGAUGAUUUCCUCAUAGAUUACCACGAAUCCUCCGUCGAAGCGAAGCAGAUGAGCAAAGACAACCACGUCGAAGCCGCAUCCGGCGAGCCCCCGCAACGGGAUCCUUCGCCGCUGCCGCCGUCUACGGCUCAGCAAUACCCGCCACCUCAGAAGGGCACCUUCGAAGUCGUCUACAACAACCCGCCGGCACCUCAGCCCACCGUCGGUGCUCAGUAUCCUCAUGGCCACCAAGCGCCUCCACCGGGUUAUACAGUUGCUGAUGGAAUGCCUGUGAGAGAGCCUCCACUUCCUUGCGGUAUUGGCUACGGCUGGUUCUUGUUUGUAUCAGGUCUCUUGCUUGGCGCAAUCCCUUGGUAUGUUGGGGCAAUACUUCUUUGCUGUUCCAAUAUAGACCCCAGAGAGAAACCUGGAUGUAUUGCUUGUGCAGCUGCUGCUGUUGUUUUUACAAUUGCAAUUGUUAUUAUUGCAAUAAUGGAAGCACAUCACUGAGAUGACUUGUAAUAUAAUUUUCAGAGAAGUGCCUCUGUUUCAUAUUAUACUGAACCCGUGGGUUAUAUAUACAUAUUAAUGGGAGGUUGAACAUGUUUCUUUAAUAUUGACUUAUGAAAGGCAUAAGAUACACAUGUAUUACAUGUGUGUUUUUAUAUUGUAUAUCCUACUCGAGACCUUCAUUUUACCACACUUGUAUGUCCUUGAAUUGAACUGAUAGUUAGUUACUAAUACAUUCUAUCUUCUACUGC